AUGGAGAUUGUUUUGGGUUGGUACGAUGUACUGGGCCAGAAUUUUGAUAAUCCUUAUAUAUUUCCUUUCCUUGAAAGAGAAAAUUCGACUUCUGUCUGCUGUUCGUUAGAGAAUAUGGAAACCCUAGAAGAGCAAGAACAAGAACAAUCGACAACAACGAUAGUUGAACGAUCUACCAAGAAGACAAACAUGUCAUUACCAAGUGAAAUCAUAGAAGACAUCUUCUCCAGACUCCCAGUCAAAUCCAUUCUCCGAUUCAGAACCCUCUCCAAACCAUGGCUCUCUCGCAUCUCCGAUCGAUCUUUCACUAAUCUCCACCUCACUCGCGCCCACCGCACCGCCUUGUUCAUUCUCGCUCAUGAUGAAUCCGGCAAACGACACCUUCUCUCCGCCCCCCGUGACGGUGGUCCCGUCACUCAUCUCAUCACAUUCCACAACCCUGAUUAUAUUGUUAUGUAUGCCCAACAUGUGAACGGGUUAGUAUAUCUCACGUGCAUGAAGCGCUCUAAUGAACAUAGAACUCACGUGUACGCUUUUGUUGUGAACCCUAGCAUGCAUAAGAUUUUUAAACUCCCUGAUCCUUACACCGAUGUCAAGGAUUUCACGCGAAUCCGUUACUUAUUCGGGUUCGACGAGUCUAGAAACGAGCAUAAGAUUUUGAUGAUUAGAGAUUCUUCUCUACGUUCUAUGGAGAUUAUGAUUUUCUCUAUGUCAAGUUAUUCGUGGAGAAAGAUCCAUGCCGAGCCUCCUCUUGGUUUUACUUGGGAUGGUUUGUGGCUCAACUUUUACCACAAUGUUUGUGUCAAUAGUGUAGUACAUAUAAUGCUUGCAGUUUCAUUUGACAUUUUAGCGUUUGACUUGAGAACUGAAAAGUUUUUGAUAAUUACCACUCCUCAAGGUGUUUUGCCCGAAGACUAUGAUGAUACGAAGCAAAAUGAUCCUUACAUCAUUAAACUCAAUGGUUGUAUAGGAGUUGUUUGCUAUGAUAGUGUGGCGGAAAACAACGAAAUGUAUAUUUGGAUAUUACAAGACUAUGAAAACCGUGUUUGGGUCAAAGAAACCGUUAUAUUCCCCGAGGAGUGGAUUACGUUACGAUACCCUUUGUCUUUCCCUGUGGAUUCUGUUAAUAUGGACGAGAUUAUCUUUAUCCCGAGCAACUUUUCUGGUAAUGUGAUAAGUGUACCCGUCUAUAACAAGAAGACUAGAUGUUUUAAAUCAUUGCGAUUCGCUUCAGGUAAUCAUUUUUCGCUGUCCAGAACGUUGCAGUUCCAUUAUAUCAGGUGUUAUGUUGAAAGCAUGGUGCCUUUGUAG